UUUUCAUUCAACCAUGUAGAGCCCAUGAAGCACAAGACAGUAAAGCUUCUUACUCAUACCACCAGGACGAUCUCUUUGAAAGAUUUACUAUAGGACUACCAGAGACACAAAUUUUCUGAAGCAUGAUGUGUUGAAACAACAGAAGGCUACUGCUUACGCUAGCUACAAACAGACUUAAGAUGUUUUCAAUUCUUUGAGCCUCGGGAAGCCAGGGGAGUGAGUUGAAAAUCUGAAGAUGCGGCCAUGGACUGGUUCCUGGCGUUGGAUUAUGCUCAUUCUUUUUGCCUGGGGGACCUUGCUGUUUUAUAUAGGUGGUCACUUGGUACGAGAUAAUGACCACCCUGAUCACUCUAGCCGAGAACUGUCCAAGAUUCUGGCGAAGCUUGAACGCUUAAAACAGCAAAAUGAAGAUUUGAGGCGAAUGGCUGAAUCUCUCCGGAUACCAGAAGGCCCCAUUGAUCAGGGGCCAGCCUCAGGAAGGGUUCGUGCUUUAGAAGAGCAGCUUUUGAAGGCCAAAGAACAGAUUGAAAAUUAUAAGAAACAAACUAGAAAUGGUCUGGGGAAGGAUCAUGAAAUCCUAAGGAGGAGGAUUGAAAAUGGAGCUAAAGAGCUAUGGUUUUUUCUACAAAGUGAAUUGAAGAAAUUAAAGAAUUUAGAAGGAAAUGAACUCCAAAGUCAUGCAGAUGAAUUUCUGUCAGAUUUGGGACAUCGUGAAAGGUCUAUAAUGACGGAUCUAUACUACCUCAGUCAAACAGAUGGAGCGGGUGAUUGGCGGGAAAAAGAGGCCAAAGAUCUGACAGAGCUGGUCCAGCGGAGAAUAACAUAUCUUCAGAACCCCAAGGACUGCAGCAAAGCCAAGAAGCUAGUAUGUAAUAUCAACAAAGGCUGUGGCUAUGGCUGUCAACUCCAUCAUGUGGUCUACUGCUUCAUGAUUGCAUACGGCACUCAGCGAACACUCAUCUUGGAAUCUCAGAAUUGGCGCUAUGCUACUGGUGGAUGGGAAACUGUGUUUAGACCUGUAAGUGAGACCUGCACAGACAGAUCUGGCACCUCCACUGGACACUGGUCAGGUGAAGUAAAGGACAAAAACGUUCAGGUGGUUGAGCUCCCCAUUGUAGACAGUCUUCAUCCUCGUCCACCAUAUUUACCCCUGGCGGUACCAGAAGACCUUGCAGAUCGGCUUGUACGUGUCCAUGGUGACCCUGCAGUGUGGUGGGUGUCCCAGUUUGUCAAAUAUUUAAUCCGCCCACAACCGUGGCUAGAAAAAGAAAUUGAAGAGACUACUAAGAAGCUUGGCUUCAAACAUCCAGUUAUUGGAGUACACGUCAGACGUACAGACAAAGUGGGAACAGAAGCAGCCUUCCAUCCCAUCGAGGAAUACAUGGUACAUGUUGAAGAACAUUUUCAGCUUCUCUCUCGCAGAAUGCAAGUGGAUAAAAGAAGAGUAUAUUUGGCCACGGAUGACCCUUCUUUAUUAAAGGAGGCAAAAACAAAGUACCCUACUUACGAAUUUAUUAGUGAUAACUCUAUCUCUUGGUCAGCUGGACUACACAAUCGAUACACAGAAAAUUCGCUUCGGGGUGUGAUCCUGGAUAUACACUUUCUUUCCCAGGCAGACUUCCUAGUGUGUACUUUUUCAUCCCAG